AUGAUCAGGCCUAUAAGUCUGGAGAUUGUUGAAGUGAAUGAACAAGAGAAGGCACGGAUUAGAAUCCCGGCACCUGACGGCGCGUCCUACCGUCAGCUCUGGGUCCAUACUGUCAUGAACCCGCCCGUGUUGGCGCUUUUUUCCAAUGCGUCCGCACCUAUUGCCGCGUCUACCGAAUGGACCAACCUGUGGAACAUCGACAUGACCACCCAGCCUGACGGCACGCAGUCGGUUCGAUUCUACGUGUAUGACCCCAGCUCUCUUCGGCCGUACAACUUGGCCCCCACGUCGCCUCUGACGGUUACGCAGGCUACCCACUACCUGACCAUGAUCGACGCCGACAGCUAUCCCUACGUAUUGGACAAGGUUACGUUGGCCAUAGGCAUUGCCGCUUACCAAUACCCCCCGAACGUGGUCUGGAGCACCUGCUACAGGCUCGUCAAGAUCGACUCCUGGGAUGAUGCCUACUCUCAAUGCGGUCUCUCUCUGACCGACGCUUGCGACGUACCGCAAGGGAUGUCCGACGACUCGUGGCUGGCGUGGAAGCAAUCGGUCCGCGGCACCAGCCACAACUGCGCCAUACUGGUGGGCCAGCUCGAGGGCUGCUGCGCACUGCGCAACUCGACCCCAGCCUUGAAACCGGGCUCUGGCGAAUCAACUCUCAAUCUGAUCCCGUACUCAGACUUCGAGACUGCGCUCACGAUUUGCGUUAGCGUAGAUGUGACUUUUGUGUUGCCCAUGAUUGGUAGCACGACGUCGAUGGUACAGAACCGUCCAUUCCACCGCAGGGAGCUGUGCGAUCGCAUGAUGUUUUCGCAAACGUUAGUGCGGCCCUACCUCAAGCCGCUGCGCUCGUGUUUGGCCAAGGCGCUGUACGCCCCGCCUAACUUCUCGGCGCCGGGCGCCUACUAUGAGCUCGAGGCCUACUUUUAUGAGAUGUGCGUCGCACCCGCACCGGAUCCUACUUUCUACCUUGAUCUCGACCAAAACACAGCGGAACAAUACGCUCUGUUGUUCGCCAGCAAUUUCCUGACAAUGCCUGCCCUGCCCCCCAUCUAG